AUUUAUUUCCCUUUUCGUUCACCCUUCAAACUCUCUUCUCUGUAACAAACUUAACGCGGUCUGGUUCGACUCAGAGCGAGACGUAAAUCAAUCAUGGCUUUACGCAUUGCUCUCCUUUGAGACACAUAAAUUAUCGCCUACAAAAGUCUUCCUCCGAAUGCUGCAACGGAAAGAUUCUGCCAUGAAUUUCAACUUUAACCCUAAUUUCCCUCUCUAUUUCCGACCCCACGCAUCCGGAAAAGCCUUGAUCGGUGCCAACCAUUCUUCUGCUCGAUUUUGUUCUCGAUAAUCCUCAUUCUCUUUCUUGAUUCUCUUCAUUUUUUGGAUUUUUUAACCUCUGAUCGUGCAUUUGAAGCGUUGAUUCACCUGAAAGCGUGAAGGCGACAGUUUCCGCCAUGCGGAGGUUCGUUUCUCUGAGGAAUUUGGUUAGGGCGCUCAUUGUUCCUGUGCUUCUCUUAGUCGCACAUUUUUCUUACGUCGUGAUUACCACUGGUGAGUCUUGUAUCACUGGAAAUUUCUGCUUCUCGCCCAAAAUUUCUAGGUAUCGAGCCUCCGGCUUACAUCCCAGAGCAUCGGCUGUAAUCGAUGGCGCAGGUCCUACCGCCGAAGAACUGUUGCGUCGUGAUCUUUACACUAGUAAAGAUUGGAUCAAGGCCGUCCAGUUUUAUUAUUCAAUCUUUCAAGAUCUGAUCUCCGUAGGGUUCCUCUCUCACAAAUCGAAAUCGUUGUGCGUGGAAACUCCCAACGGACAGGAUGUAUUUUCCUUGAAACAGAUUGGGGUUUCCGAUUCGAUUGGAAUAUUCAAGAAAGCCGUUAAGCCUCUGGUGAUAAAGGGCGAAGCACAUGAGAUCCCGUUCAAUGAUAAUACCUUCGAUUUUAUUUUCUUGGGCGGGGGCCGCCUUGAUCAGUCAUCCCGGCCGGCAGAUUUUGCCCGGGAAAUUGCUCGGACGCUGAAACCCGAAGGGUUUGCUGUUGUCCAAAUUAGGGCUAAAGAUACGUACAGCUUUCACUCAUUCAUUGAUUUGUUUAAUUGCUGCAAAAUAGUUACAUCACAGGAUAUAGAUGGCCUUGAUUCUUCGAUGCCUUUCCUUCGCCAGAUUGUUCUGAUGAAGGAGAGUGAUGAUAUUCUUGGUAAUGGUGUGGAAACGCAUCACCAGAAGUCUGACGGUAAGUGUUCGGUUCCCGCAUUUAAGGAGGAAUUGGUCCGAAAGGCCGAGCCAUUGAUCUUAGAGGAGCCACUGAAGCCAUGGAUUACACUGAAGCGGAACAUUCAAAAGAUAAAAUAUCUGCCAUCAAUGGCCAAUAUAAGCUUCAAGCAGAGGUACGUUUACGUCGACGUCGGAGCCAGAAGCUAUGGCUCUAGUAUAGGAAGUUGGUUUAGGAAGCAGUAUCCAAAACAGAAUAAAACCUUCGAAGUUUAUGCCAUUGAAGCUGAUAGAAUUUUUCACGAGCAGUAUAGCACAAAGAAAGGGGUCAAGCUUCUGCCAUACGCGGCUUGGGUGAGGAAUGAAACCUUAACUUUCGAAAUUAAUCGAGACCCAGGUCAGAAGGUCCAAGAUAAGGGGAGAGGAAUGGGCAGGAUUCGACCGGUGGCAACAUCGACAGGUUCUUUCGACGGGGAGGUGGAUGAGAUUCAGGGCUUUGAUUUUGCUGACUGGUUGAAAAAUACUGUAACGGAGAAGGAUUUUGUAGUGAUGAAGAUGGAUGUGGAGGGAACUGAAUUCGAUUUGAUUCCGAGAUUGUUCAAGACGGGUGCUAUUUGCUUGAUAGAUGAGAUAUUUCUCGAGUGCCAUUACAAUCGGUGGCAGAGAUGUUGCCCAGGCGAGAGAAGCGCAAAAUAUGACAAAACUUAUGGCCGAUGCUUAGAUUUGUUUGCUUCCUUGAGGCGAAGUGGAGUUCUUGUUCACCAGUGGUGGUGAGAUUGGUGUGAAAAAUUACCCUUUACAGCCAUGUUUUCUUCACUCAUCCGGUUGCUUUCUCAAUAAAUCUUCAUCCGCCUCUCUCCUUCUCGCACUUUGUAAACUUGGAGCUGAAAUUGAAGGCAGAAACAAAACCAACGGUGGCGAUUGGUGGGAAAUUCGACUCCCUAUGAACCACAAAUUACUUUUCUUCCUCUUCGAUAUCAACGGUGGUAAUUACUAUCUGACGCACACUUGGGCUUAUUCCACUCUUCGUUUAAGCAAAAUGCUAUUUUGUACUCCUAGAUUUGUAGUAGGUUAUAUCUUACGUUGAUUGUUGAACAUAGACUAUAUCCAGUGUAGGAAUAUGGUACAGGAGCAGGGUAAAAACUUUGCUCCAACAUGCAAGAGCAAAUAAAUUGUUUUGUAGUAGGUUAUAUCUUACGCUAUUGAGUGGAUGAGGCAUAUACCAGAUAGGCAAGGAGUGGAAGAAAUUGUUUUUAAGAACUAUUUUACUGAAGGAAUCCUUCAUCAUUUAACUUUGGAGUAUAUUAGGUCCAUUGUCUU